GAAAGUAUCUAAAUGCUGCUUCUGUCUGUUGAGCAAAUCCUCGACGUGUGUCAUUUAAAGAGCGUGGUUAAUAAUGUUUUAUGCUGGAUUUAUUCUUCUGAUCUUUCACUAAAGAUGACGGAGAGACCUGCAGAUGAUGCAGUGAUGCGGAUUCUUCUGAUGGGCAGAAACACUUGUGGGAAAAGCUCGUCUGGGAACUUGAUCCUGGGAGAAAAGAGGUUUAAAAGGCAUGAGUCUGAAGUGUGUGAGGGUCAGACUCAGAUCAGAGGGAAGCAGGUCUCUGUGAUUGAUUGUCCAGAUCUACUGGAUCCAGAUCUGAAUGAAGAGCAGCUGGAGAAGAUGAAAGAGCAGCUGCUCUCUGGAUGUUCAGCAGGUCUCAGUUCAGUUCUGCUCACCGUUCCUCUGGAGAAACCUCUGCAAAAUGAGCAACAGAUCCUGGAUUAUAUUGAGUGUUUGUUUGGUCCUGAAGUUCAGAAGUACAUCAUGAUUCUGUUCACACAUGGAGAUGAUCUGGAGGAUCUGGAUCAGACCACUGAUGAACAUCAUGAGGAUCUGCAGCGACUCGUGACUGAAUGUGGAGGAAAGUCUCACUGUUUCAGUAAGAUGAAGAAAGUGAAGGCUCAAGUUGAAGAUCUGCUGCAGAAGAUUGAAGGAAUGAUGACGGAGAACGGAGGGAGAUUCUUCAUCAAACAGAGGCAGAGGAGUAACAGCAAAGACGCUCGUUUGUCAUUUUUUCAGAGAGGAAAGAGCAGAUCUGGGAAAAGUGUUGAUGAAGACAUCAUGGUCUGCAGAAACAUGUCUGAAUCUUUAACAACCGUGUGAUUCAGAAACCAGCGAGAGGAACACGAUCUCAGAGAUCCACACACAGCGCUUCUUUACAGCUGUUUGUGAGGAAGAACAAAUGCAAAAAAACCCUACACUGCUAAUAUUUGACCAUUUCACUAUUAGACUUUGUUGAAUCCACGUAUAAGCUCAAUAUUUCUGAUCAUUGUCCCGUCAGGAGAGCUCAGUAAACUCAUGUUUCUCCUGACAGAUUCAGUGCUUUAGCAGAUCUGAUGAUGUUUCACACUGACACUCCAUCACUUGUUAAGAUCAUUAUGAGAAUAAAGCUCCGUUUGCAUCGCUGCACGCUGUGUGCCAGAAUAAUUCAUCAAGAUGUCUUGUGUUUUGUGUGUCAGUGCUUCCUCCAAACACAUUUCCUCAGUCUAAUUUACUGCAACAAUACCUUAUUUCAUCUUCAGUAUUUCAGCGAAACUACCGUUAUUUGGUGAAUGUUUUCUAUAGUACAGACAUUCACUUUUUAAGUCAUGUUCAGAAACUUUAGUUUGGUUUAAAUUAAAACCAUGAAGUAAAUCUGAUCAUCUCCUGACUAACUUUUCUUUGCUUUACUCCUGACUCAAAUGAACUGUUGAUCAGAUAGAUUAAUAAAUGGCCGGUUAUUGAUGAUGGUGUGGUCUACUGUGGUAAAACAUUGUGAAAUAAACUUUAUAA